CCAUAAAUAAAUUUAAGCAUGGACGUUAAGAACCUUAAAAGCAGAGGAACAAAGACAAGGCAAGGCACUAAGAAAAAGAAGAAAAAUAUGAACUUUAUUAAUGUGCAGAAGGAAGAUGACUUCCGGGCAAUGCCCAUUCCUGAAGAGAUCGAGCAGCAUAAAGUUAAGUACCAGCCUCUGGAUAGAGAAGAGUUCCAGCGAGAUAGAAGGAGGCUUGAGAGGGUUAGUACAACUACGAAUUUGAAUAGGAAUAAGCCUAAGGGCCUAGUGAGCUCGAGCUCUAGUGCCACUAUUGAUUUGAAUCGCUUAAAUCGGGGAUUAGGCCAGAAUAAGCCUUCUCGGAAUGUAAAUUUAGUUAAUAAAAAGUCUUACCAAGAAAGCACUGCUAGCGAAGUUGGUUUGAACAACCAACAAACUUUGAGUAAAGGUUAUGAAAACUUUGUGUUCCACCCUCAGACUAGCAGAGAAGGGUACAAGAAAUCUAAUCCACUCGAGGAUGAUUUUAAUAGAGUCCAAGUUUAUAAUUCUUAUGAUGAUAGAAUAGAAGGGACUAAUACUGGAGAUGAACAAAUUACUCCCGAGCCUCCUAAUAUUUUGGAAACUGAUGGAAAUAGAGUUACCUUCAGCCAACCCUUAGAAAUGGAUCUUAUAGAACCAAAGCAGAGAGCUACCUCAGGGAAUCAACAUAGGGAAAUAUUAAGAGAUUCAAUCGAGAGGAACAGCUCUGUUGACCCUCACACCGAUAAGGAGAUUGAACAAAAGGUUGUUCAAACAUUCCUAAAACUAAUGGAUAAGCUUCAGCCAGAUUCUUUGGGAGAUAUUCAUCACCAGCACCUCACUAAAAUUCUAAUAGACGACAAUAGUGGAUCUAGAGGGCACUCUUUAGAUCGAAAUAACGAGCUUGAAAACUCAGUUGAGCGGAAACUAACCGACAGUUACCCUCCAGAGUCCAGGUCUGAGAUAAUUUCUCCAUUCCCAGCUGAGGACAGUCCAAAUGCUCAAAAGAUAAACUACGUGACUAAAAACGUAAAGUUUCCCAAAUAAAUUAAGGAAGACCAAGAGUAAAUAAGCUUAUUAAGAAGAAGGUUAAGCUCUACACUCCUAGAAGGAAGAGCAAGCCAAAGACAAAGACAGGUACGAAGAGAAGUCUCAGAGAAGCAAUGAUGAGAGCUUUUGAGCGAGAACUCCUGCUCAAGAAAAAGUCUCUUGAUGAAGAGAGGAAAUUACUUCGUGAAGAACGAGCAAAAUAUACGAGUAUGCUACAAGCUGAUGUCACUCAGAAUAAUGAAUACCUGCAGGAAAUUGAUUUUCUUAAGAAAGAUAAUGCGAAAUUGACUCAGGAAAACCAGAAAUAUAAGACUUUGGGGAAGAAAGAGAAAGAGCCUGAUUCUGAGCUGAAAAAGCAAGCCCAAGAGAUUAAUAAGGUAAAUCUAGAAGUAAUUUCGAAGAAGGAACAGGAGAUAGACCUCCUCCAGUCAAAACUUCAGGAAUAUAAGACUAAACUUCAAGGCACGCAACAGGAGACUUAUGAGAAGUCCAAAGCUGACUUAGCAAACAAUGUAGAAAGUCUUAACAAGGAAUGGGAGGUGAAACUGAACGAAGCUGUUUCUAAAGCAAAUGAAGGUAGCCAGAAAUCCAACGCUGAGCUACAAAACAAUCUAAGUAUUAAGGAGGAAGAAAUCAUUAAUUUGAAGAACAGCAUUGCUUCACUCAAGAAGUUAGAGCCUCUUCAGGAAGAAUCUGUACAAUUGAAGGACCAAAUCAGAGCUCUUGAGAAAAAGCAAAAACAGUUGAAUGCAGAUUUAGAAAUCUCCCAGAACAAAGUGAGCACUCUAGACAGCUACUUACAGGAGUCAGAACAAACUGUUCAAAGCCAAAAAGUUAAAAUUAACGAACUAGAAACGAAGUUCUGGAAGAAGGACGAAGAUAGUGAGAACCUAAGGAAUGAAAUCAGGAAUUUGAAGAAGCAAAAGUCCCAAGAGGUAAGAGAUCUUAAGGAACAAAUCACUCAGAUGGAGCAGCUGCUUGAAGAAGCAGAGUCUAAAGCUGAGCAACAGACUUUUGAUAUCCAAGAUGAAGAAAACCAUUGGGAAAAUGAAAGAAGACAGAACCAAGAGAAGCAGAUCGAAUUUCAAAGAGAAAUCAAACAACUGAGGUCCACGAUAGAAGAGCUUGAGAAUGAGAAAAUUGACUCCGCAAAUAGAAUCACUGAACUAGAUAAUCUUGUGCUUCAGCUUAGAGAAGAGAAGCAAGGUGUCAUCGAUACUUUGAAUGACUGUAAAACUCUUGAAGUUCAGUUAAAGAACUCUAUUGAAGAGAAAAAGAAACAGAUCAUUGAAAAAGAGCUAGAAAUAAGCCAAAUCCAAGAAGAUGCUAAAGAGAAGGUGUCAUCAGAGAAGCAUGAGAUUCUUAGCAAACAAAAUACGGAAUUACAACAGAGAAAUACUCAGCUUAGUAAUGAAAUUUUGGCGUUAGAGAAAGAUGUUGCAGAGCUAAGAGAAGAGUCAAUAACUCUUCAUAGCCAAAAGGAGUCUAUACUUGAAGAAAUUGACCAGCUCAAAAUUGAAAUUGAUACAAAAGAUGAAAUGAUCCAGAUAAGCGAAGCUCAAUAUAAAGAUGAAAAUACAUCUUUAACUCAAAAAUUGGAUGAAGCAAAUGCAGUCAUUGAAGACCUGGAUGAAGCAAUUGCUGGUUUAAAACUACAAUUGAACGAGAAAGAUACAGAGAUAAGCCAGUUAAAUGCAGAAACUUCAACAGCACAUCAAGAUGGAAACGAGAGAAUUGAUUCAAUGAUAAAGAAGCAUGAUAAAGAGCUAGAAAACCUUCGCAAUCAAUAUGAACUCCAUGUUCAAAACCUUGAAGCUCAGCACCAGGAGCAGAUUUCAAAGCUCGAGGAAGGACACCAAAGAGAGAUCGAGCAAGCUUCUCAACAAAAUGACAAUAAAUUUGAAGAUGUCCGUACAGAAGCUAGCCAAGAGAUGGUGAAAUUACAAGAGGAUUUUAACCAGAAAAUUGCUAGGCUCUCUGAAGAACUUUCCAACAAACAAAUUGAAUACCAAAACUUGCAGGAAGAGUUUGAAGAUUUCAGGGUGUCUGCUGACGAGAAAGUUAUUCAGACAGAACAACUUGCUGAGAAGAGAUCAAAUAAGCUCCAGGAAGACUUCUUGAAAGAGUAUCAGAGCUUGAUAAAGGAAAGAGAUGCUUUAUCUGAACAGGAGAGGAAGACACAAGAAUCAUAUACUCAGCUACAGGAGAGCUAUAAUGCAAUAUCUGAAGAAUUUGCAGAUGUUGACUCUAAAAAUAAGGAACUAACCCAAUCAAUUACUUCGUUGACUCAGAAAUUGCAAGAAAGUGAUCAUCAAUGCCAAGAAUGAGCAGAUUUGAAGGUGGAAAAGCUAGAUUUUAAGAGAAAGUUAGAGGAAGCACUAACCAAAAUAGACUCCUUACAUGUUCAAAUGAACCAGAAGGAUGAAGACCACGUGAAAGAGAUAGCCCAAGUCAAGGAAAUGGUCCAAGAAGCUCAUAAGAAGAGCAUGGAGGACAAAAUCCAACGAUUUAAGGUCCUAGCUGAGAGCUUGCAAGGUAAAAACGUUGAGCUUUCCAAUGAAAUUAAAUCUAAAAAUGAAGAAAUUGUUGAAAAAUGUACUCAAAUUCAUAACCUAGAAACUAACAUCUCUCAAUACAAGGACUUAAUGAAGGACUACAAGUCUCAAGAUGAGAUUGAGGAAGAACUUGAAAACGUCAGAUACGACAUGGACCAACAAAUGGCAGAUACACAACAGAAGCACAAUGAAGAAAUCAGUAGUAUAACACAAAUGAUGGAAGAGAAAACAACUAAACUACAACAAACCCUCGAUGCAGAAAGGCAGGCUUUCAGAACGCAGCUUGAGGAACUCCAGAACCUCCCAAUGGAAGGAAACUCCCAAGAGAUAGAAUCCCUGCAGAAGAAAUUAGAUGACCAAAAAGAGAAGCUAAGGAUUGAGAAAGCUAAAUCAGAUAGCUUGCAAAAACUUUUGGAGCAGAUGCAAAUGCAAUAACUUUCAAAGUUGUUUAGUGAUAACUUUGUUUAGGUUACCUUGAAC